AUGGCGACUAAUCUGCGACGCCGGAACAUUCAAGAUGCGAAAACCGACGAUACCGACGAUACUUCAAGGGAGGAAAGCCCGGCAACUCAACCGACUACCCACGUACAUGUUGUCGAACAUGUCAUCCCAAAGACCCGAAAGCGUCGCAAUACCUUCAUCUUCUUCCUCGGCAGUUUGUGUGGAAUUAUACUUGCAGGCUUUUUCGCUUCCAGCAAUGACCUUAUCGACCUUCCCGAGUUCACCGACUUAUCCAUGGACAAUCUCCUAGAUGCCUUGCCGGCUGGCUUGGUCAAGGACAUGCGCGAUCUUAUUCAAGGCGAGCGCGAUCUUGCGGAAUCAUAUGAGCCUUUCUCUGUUGGGACCAAGGCUCGGUCAGAAGGCCUCGAAGCAUACCAUCCUAUGAUCAUGAUCCCAGGAGUUAUCUCCACUGGACUUGAGUCUUGGGGGACCGCCAAUAUCUCAAGAGCAUAUUUCAGGAAGCGACUUUGGGGAAGUUGGACCAUGAUGAAGGCCUUGGUCAUGGAUAAGGAGGUUUGGAAGAAGCAUGUCAUGCUUGACAAGAAAACCGGUCUUGACCCGCCCGACGUCAAACUAAGAGCUGCUCAAGGGUUCGACGCCACCGAUUUCUUUAUCACAGGAUACUGGAUCUGGAACAAGAUUUUCGAAAAUCUUGCUUCUAUUGGCUAUGACCCAACAAACUCUUUUACAGCUUCAUACGACUGGCGCUUAUCCUAUCCUAACCUCGAGGUGCGAGACCGUUAUUUUACUCGACUCAAGUCGUACAUCGAAGUCGCUUUGGCCGUUGAGAAUAGAAAGGUUGUUUUGGCCUCACACAGCAUGGGCAGCCAGGUACUAUUUUACUUCCUACACUGGGUACAGUCUGAGCAAGGUGGUCGUGGCGGCCAGGACUGGGUUGAGCAGCAUGUCGAAGCCUGGAUCAACAUCAGUGGAUGCAUGCUUGGAGCAGUCAAGGAUCUGACCGCUGUGCUCUCCGGUGAGAUGCGUGAUACGGCCCAGCUUAACCCCUUUGCCAUCUAUGGCUUGGAAAAAUUCCUGAGUAAGGAAGAAAGGGCCGAAAUAUUCCGCGGCAUGCCCGGCAUAUCCUCUAUGCUGCCCAUCGGUGGCAAUGCUGUAUGGGGCAAUUUGACGUGGGCGCCGGAUGAUUUGCCAGGCCAGAAUCGUUCCUACGGUUCUGUCUUAAACUUUAGAGCCGGCUCGAACUGGACAACUCCUGAUCGUAACUUUACUGUCGAGGAGGGUCUGUCCUACCUGCUCAACACAACUGAGGACUGGUACCGAGAUCAGAUUAAGGGAAGUUUCUCCCGUGGCAUUGCUCACACUAUCGCCGAGGUUGAGGCAAACGAGAUGGAUCCCAAAAAAUGGAUUAACCCUCUUGAGACCCGACUACCACUUGCGCCAAGCCUCAAGAUUUACUGCUUUUAUGGCGUUGGAAAGCCCACUGAGCGAGGGUACUAUUACAGAUCCCCUGAUCAGCCUCUAACUACCAACCUUAAUAUCACUAUGGAUACUGGUUUUACAGAAGGGGAUGUGGACCAUGGCGUUAUCAUGGGCGAGGGCGAUGGUACUGUCAACCUUAUCAGCACGGGUUACAUGUGUAAUCAUGGCUGGAAUAUGAAGCGUUACAACCCGGCAGGCGUCAAGAUCACGGUUGUCGAGAUGCCCCACGAACCGGAACGCUUUAAUCCUCGAGGAGGACCUCGUACGGCCGACCACGUUGACAUCUUGGGGCGAUACAACCUGAACGAGCUGCUGUUGAAGGUAGCCGGUGGAAAAGGUGACACGAUUACGAACUAUGUUGUCAGUAACAUUAAAGAAUAUGCAUCCAGAGUCAAGAUUUACGACGAUAACCACGACAAAGACGAAUAG